AGGAAUUUGUGAGCGUGGGUCCAUCAUGUCGGUACCGCCACCACCACCACCACCAUCUCUAGCAUUACCACCACCACCAAGACCAUUGUAUAAACAAAGAUCAUGGUCUCCUUCAUCACCAUCUGAUAUGUAUUCAGACGAAGCAUGGUUGAGAAGAAAAGGAGCUCAUAGAAUAAGUAGAACAUCAUCGUUAAGUAGUAUCACCGAUGAUGAUUUAGAUGAACUCAAAGCUUGUAUCGAAUUGGGGUUGGUGUUUGAUUCACCUGAUUCAGAUCAUAGAAAAUUAUCGGAUACAUUGCCUGCUUUAGGACUUUAUUAUGCUUCUAAGAAACAGUACAAUGACAGCGUAUCAACCAAGAAUAAUACUCCAACUCUGACACCGUCAGCGUCUUCAGUUUCUGAAUGUGAUGUUCUGUCUCCAGUCGGAAGCCCUAACGCCAUAUUUGAACCAGGUGAAAAUCCUCAAUUGGUGAAGACAAGAUUGAAGCAGUGGGCACAAGUGGUAGCUUGUAUGGUGCGCAUGCGCCACUCCAAAUGAUUUUCUUAUUUUACCUCCCCUCUUUUAAUCUUUCUUUAGGUUGAUUGUCAAAGUACAUGGUCUAAACAUAGUGUGGAAUAGGACAUCGAGUCUCGCUAAGUGAGAUUCAUUUUAAUCUUCUUUUGAUUGUUUCUUUUCUUCAUUUUUGUUUAAUUCUAAGGAACAAAAACGAUGCCCCAAAAAGCUAAGGGAAAGCUAA